AUGUUUCUACCUUGCUCCUUGGCAUGUGGCUGCAUUAGAUACAGCUUUGAUUUUUCUUUUAUUCUUUUUCACGUUGUGAUCAGAAAAUGCUUGAAUAUGCUGCAUAAAGCAGUUCAAAUUGGUGGCGGGGACUUUUUUGUUCGCCGGUUUCAGAAUGAUGGGCAUACUAUAUGGAAGUUGCUUACUUCAUCCACAUUUCGAAGGAAACCAAUGCUAUCAAAUGAGGAAAGAAUUCUUCUCCCUUACCGAAGUAAUUCUAUAACUUCAGAAGAACCUAUGGCUGAAGUCUCCAGCCAAAAAAUCCAGGCAGCAGUAUUGGACAUGAUUACCUUGAUAUGUUCAGACAAGAGGACUAGUUCAGCAUUGCAGACAGUCCUGAAGAAAGUUAGUGGUAUUGUCGUAGGUAUUGCUUGCAGUAGCAUGGCAGGUCUCAAAGAUGCAUCUCUAAGGGCAUUAUCAGGACUUGCUUGCAUUGAUUCAGACCUUACCUGGCUUCUGCUUGCCGACGUCUACUAUUCCCUGAAUAGAAGGGAUGUUAUCCUUCCACCAUGCCGAGAUCUGGCUGGGAUUUCUGAGCUGCUUCCUGCCGCAUCAUCCAAAAAGGAAUAUUUGUUUGUGAAUUAUGCAGGAGAAGAUUUAGGCCUUGAUAUAGAUCCUUCAUCCGUGGAGGUAGUAUUUAGAAAGAUGGAAUCAGAAGUUCUUUUAUGAUAGCAUUUGUACAGUCGGAUCUGUAUCAUGUUGAAUGUACUCUGUAAAUUUGUGGGAGAUGUUAAGAAUCAUUGAGAAUGUAAAAGGGCAUUAGAUGUCACUUUGCACAUGGUAGUUAUCCUUUUCUAGCGAGGCAAGUUUGGGUAACUUUCCUUCAGUGAGAUAAUUUCUUGUAUAUUCUGUCUCAUGGAGUUAAAUGAUUUCAUUUGUAUGAUGUUCAUGAAACUCUGAAAUCUACUCAAAUGUUUGGUUAUCAUACCAUUAAUAUUGUGUGA